ACUGCCCCUGUUAAGCCAGGAAGUGGGCCAAUGCUUUAGUUAGACGGAUGGUUGCAGGGAGUCGGGGACUAAAAGAGGACCACAUAAUGUGUAAGGACCUUUCAGACCUUCAAGGCUUGUGUUUGGCCCUUGAAACGACAACUACAGCAUACUGUCUCAAUGACCAAACCUAGCCAGCAUGCAUGGUUGAGUCCUUUACUGAUAAAAUAUCAUACAGUACAUUUAUAUGAAUUACUGUCGAAGGAAUUAUUUUGUUGAAAAACUAUAUUUUUGUAUUUUAGUCCCAAAAUCUUUUGCAUGUCAGCGGUGAAGCGAAUUGUCAGUUGCCACAUCAUGAUGAUGAUGCGUUUUGAGACAGUUUGCUACAGCAGGAACAUAAUCCUGCAGCAACAGGAAAUGUGAAUGAUUAUGUGGAUUUCAUACAUUUUCCGUAAGGGAAAAUCAAGUCUGAAAUUUCUGUCUGAAAAGUGGAAAUUACAAACAUCAGAAGCAUUUUUAAAACUUCAAAUGAACUACAAGUUGUAUAUUUCCUGUAGGAAAGUUCUCUUGCAACAGGGUGAUCAGAUUAAGAUCUUACAUCUGUAUCCUGUCCACCACAAUAAGUUGCCAUCAAAUACAGGGGAAAGGAAUCAAGUUUCCAGAAACAAAGUCUUCCUGACUGGGCUAAUGUGCCCUCUUCCCUCUGUGUGGACAGCCAGUGCUAUCUUUAUGCUGCUAAGGGCACCUUUCUCCAGCACACUGUCAACAAUAGAGGCCUUCAUGUUGUUGAUGCUCUAUUUGAUGGUUGUAACUUAUCACUGUUCAAAAUAGCUUUUCACACCAAGAGUGCAGUGAGAGUGCAGUCACCAAUGUGCAGUGAGAGGUAAAAAUGGGAUUAGGAGUGAGUGAAACUCAAGCCUAGACGUUUGGUGAGUAUUAUAGCAACACAAGGUGUCAGUGGUCUGUGUUGAAACAGGUAGAAUAAUGCAGACAUUUAAUGAAGUGAUAAAGCCAGAGAAGUCUGUGUUUGGAGGAUAUAUUGGCAUGGGCAAAGUUGGCAAACCGUGCUAAUAUAUCCUCCAAACACCGGCUUCGAGGGCAUUAUUGCUUAUUUAAAUAUACAACGGGUUAAAGAACAUAUUCAAAUAAUGAUUGACAUAUUUUCAUUAAAAAAAAUAUUCUGAUGUAUUUAUUCAUAUUCACAUAAUAACACAUGCUAUUUAAAAUAUUACACAACUCUUCAGUGUCCUUAUUCAUUUAUCAGGAAAAUAUUUUGUUUUCUAAUAGCUGUACUCAUAUUUACUCUGUUGGGGAAAACAUACUUACUGAUAUGAUGUUAUUUUGGUAUCUUUUGGGGGUUACUGCCAUCCGAGGCCCUUACAUCAGUAUAUUAUGACUGAAUUCAAAUUUGGCAAAAAUACAGGCCAUUUUGACCUGUUAUUUAGUUGUUAAAACUACUUGGGGUUGGAGGAGGGGUGAGAAGCUCGCUCAUCCUCUCUCUUCUGUGAGACUCAGAGCAUGUGAUGAACAACCGACUUCUUCAGGCCAUUCGCAGAUGUGUUGCCUCAACUCCAGGGAAUUAACAGCUGACCUCACAGCUGUCUGCUCUGCGCCGGGCGUAAAGGGACCAUCUCUGUGUUGCUGUAGAGUACUGGUUCAUAUUCUCCAUAACCAUGGACCUGACCGCGCUUUCAGACGACGAGGCCAAGCACGUCUGGGAGGUCAUACAGAGAGACUUCACCCUCAGGAAGAUAGAAGAAGAGAGACUGGGGGACCUAAAGACUAAGAUAGAGAAGGAGGACACUAAGAUUGAGCUGCUGGGUACUCAGACCACCCUGGUAGACUCUCACUGUAUCCGCUGUCUGCAGCCCUUUAAGUUCCUGGUCAACAGUAAGCGACAGUGCAUAGACUGUAAGAUGUACACCUGCAAGGCAUGCAGCCGCUACAACAAGAAGGAUCACGGCUGGGUGUGCGACCCCUGUCGUAUGACAAGGGUCCUGAAAAUUGGAACAGUGGGAUGGUACCAUGACAACGUGCGCACCCGUUUCAAGCGCUUCGGCAGUGCCAAGGUGAUGAAGUCUCUUUACAAGCGACUCAAUGGAGAGGGCGCCCGUCGUGACAGUGACACACAAAGCAUGCCUGAUUUCCGCAAUGACAGGUACAAUGGUCAUGAUGAGGACUAUGCAGAAGCAGAAGCUCAGCGAUACAAAAUGAUGCGAAAGAACAAGCGCCUGCUCUCUGUUCAUCCCAUGGACUUGGAUGUGGAUAUAGAAGAGUAUUUUCCACCCCACUCUCGCACUCACUCUCGUCGACAAUCCUACCAGCAGAUCCAGGAGGAGCGAGGUGGUGGUCACCGGGGUGACAUGGAGUUCAUGGAUUCCAUGCAGCAACAACAACACCGCAUGAACCGUAGGAAGAGCCUGGAUAGGUACAACAUGCGCCCUGACGAUGGGCAGUAUGGGAUGGUGCGUGCCCGCUCCCUAUCCAAGAUCAGCUCCUCUAUGAACCGCCAACACUAUGUGGACACGUCAGAAGAGGAGGAGGGAGGGCGCAACACCAUGUACCAGACCCCCUAUCGCCGACGCCCUUCCUACAGCCGAGUUGGCUCUCACGAGAACCUGCAGGCCCCAACACAACAACCGGUCAACGCGCUAAACAAGCGAAUGUCAGCCAUAGAGAGUCUCCUGAACCGGCUGGAGUCCAAGAUGACUCUACCCCCCGACGAUGAGGAGACGCCCCCGACCGCUGCACAGAUAGAGGAGGAGAAGCUGAGGAGGAAGCUGAGCGAGCUGGCAGGGAACAUCAGUGUUCCGUCCUCCGACGAGGAAGCAGGAGGGGGGAAGAAGACCCCUUUAUUAAAGAGGGCCGCUGUGAAGAGUAACCUCCCAGUCCUCCCCCUAGAGCCCCUCAGUUCCUCCAGCGAUGAGGGGCCCACCGAGGCUCAGCAGAGAUCCACCGCGGCGGCCCUCUGUGACAUCACCAAAGAGUUUCUAAGAACCAUUAAUGCCGCUGAAAGCGCCAUGAACGAGUACUUCCCCUCAAUAACGUCUAAUGACAGCCCUAUGAUAACUGACGUGGCUGACGUAAGGAAAGCAGCUGAGUCUUACAGAGAACUUGAGGAAAAUGUGUACAUGACCUCAGGGAAGUCCUUUGAUCUGGAGAAGAAGCUGAGGCAUCUGGAGCAGAGUGCCAAGAACCGCUUCGGAGGGGCCACAGACUCGGAGCUGUCUGACCUGGAGGACGUGGUGGCUCUGACUGCACAUCGGGUCCAGAGCACUGAGAGUGAGGUGUCUGAUUUGGAGAACAAACUUGCUGCUCUAAGGGCCUCAGGGAAGAAAAAGAUAUCAGGUUCACAGAACAGGAAAAGGUUUAACCAAGACUUCCCCACAAAACCCAGCAACGGCUCAGGAUCCCUACGGAAAUCCAAUCACAUGUAGAAUGACUGUACGACGAAUACGCCCAAUGAAACUGUCUGUAUUGUCUUAGUUACUGAAAUAUACCUUCAACCUUAUCUGUCACUGAUCCACUGUAUAUCUGAUGUAAAUCUCAUAUUCACAUUGUUACAGUAUGUUAAUGGUAUAACCACACCCACAAUGCACAGUAGUUCUGUGCUGUAAAAGCAGGCUACACCAUAGCUGUGUUCAAUGCAAAAACAACCCUGGUUUACUGCCUGAAAGUCAUACGCAUUAUAAAGUAUCCUCUCAGUCUCAAUGUCUCUGAUGUCUAAACUCAUGAAAUGCUCUGAUGUGAUUGGUCAAAAGGGCAAUUUGUGGGGAAAAGAUAUCAGAAUUGGGCUUCCUGCUGCAAAACAGUCUAAGUUUCCUGAUUUAAAAGAUGAAUCUGUGCCAUAUAGGCUACCAAUAUUCAAGCAGAGGCCAAGGUGACUUUCUGUGUUAAAAUGGAGUUUGAUUAGUGAACACUGGUAAAGUGGUAGUUACUGUAGACUAUCAUGACCUAGUCUAAUAAUGACCUUUUGGGUUGCAUGGGAUUCUGGGAAACAAGCACCACGACUUACUAUCUUACAUCACCAACUGUGUUACAUUCAAAUAACAGAGUGUCUGUUACAUAUUGUCUUAGUACAUAUCUUUCUGAAAAAGUGAAAUGUUGUCUUGACACUGACCAGACAAAUAUGAUAUGAAAUAACAAGUUAUCUAGUCUGGAUAAUGAUCUCUGUUUUCUCUCAAUUCAUAUAAAAAAAUAUGUCUGAAACCGUUUUCAAGACAAUUAUAAAUAUUGCAGUAGGAUGAAUAUAUAUAUAUAUAUACUGUAUCAUUUGAAAAGCUGCAGUGCGUUGUGUUGUCACUGGGCUUCUGCUUCUAAUAAAUUGUAU